CCUCCCGGAAGGGGCGUGGCGAGGCCUGGCCCGGGCGGGCGAGCGCGAUGUCGGGUCGCGGGGCGGCGCGGCUGGCGGGGGCCGCCUCGGCCGCGCUGCUGCUGCUGCUGCUCCUGGGCGCCGCCCUCCACCAGGUGCCCGAGGGACACCUCGCCGUCUACUACAGGGGCGGGGCGCUGCUGCCCAGCUUGAGCGGGCCGGGGUUCCGCCUCCUCCUGCCCUUCCUCACCGCCCACCGGGCCGUCCAGACGACGCUGCAGACCGACGAGGUGAAGAACGUGCCCUGCGGGACCAGUGGUGGGGUCAUGAUCUACAUUGAUCGGAUUGAAGUGGUGAACUUCUUGGCGCCGCAUGCAGUCUAUAACAUUGUGAGGAACUACACUGCUGAUUACGACAAGGCGCUCAUCUUUAACAAGAUCCACCAUGAGCUCAACCAGUUCUGCAGUGCCCACACGCUCCAGGAAGUAUACAUCGAGCUCUUCGAUCAGAUAGACGACAACCUGAAGCUUGCGCUGCAAGAGGAUCUGAAUGUCAUGGCGCCGGGUCUCACCAUCCAGGCUGUGCGAGUGACAAAGCCCAAAAUCCCUGAAGCCAUUCGGAGGAAUUUUGAACUUGUGGAAACAGAAAAGACCAAACUCUUGAUAGCAGCUGAGAAGCAGAAGGUGGUGGAGAAGGAGGCAGAGACGGAGCGGAGGAAGGCGCUCAUAGAAGCAGAGAAGGCGGCUCAGGUGUCCAAGAUUCGAUAUCACCAGAAGGUCAUGGAAUCAUUAAUAAGAAAGCGGAUUUAUGAGCUCGAAGAUGCUGCUUUCCUAGCCAGAGAGAAGGCGAAAGCAGAUGCCAAGUACUACACGGCUCAGAAGGCGGCCGACUCAAACAAGAUGAAACUCACGCCAGCCUAUCUGGAACUGGUAAAAUACCAGGCCAUUGCAACCAACAGCAAGCUGUAUUUUGGAAGCAGCCUCCCCCCCAGUUUGUUUCUGGGUCCCUGUGCCUUCAAGUGCGUGGCUGCAAGAACUGUUGGAGAAGCCCAGCUCAUCUCGGAAGCAGGGAGACACCCCCUCAGGCACAGCGGGGUGGGGGCCUCUUGAUGCUUCAGUGAGGCGGGGCAGCGGAGAUGUGACCCUCGCACCGUGCAGCCUUCGCUGUCUGAACCCCUAACUGGCCUGGUGCCCGGGCCCUUGACCUCACAUCUGCCUUACCCCAAGAAUGUUGUUGUGAAGAUAGAGAAGACAAAUGCUUUCUGCAGCCUAGAGACGGUCUUGGAUCUCGUGUGGUCGUCUGUGGGCAGUGGUGAGGGCAGCGCACUGGCCAUUUCUGAGGGCGUGGCAUUGGGGCCGCCGGCAUGACCUGCCUAUGGGAGGCGGGGUCUCAGGUCUGCCUCCUGUGCUGUCCCUCUCACAGGUGCAUCUGGACUGAAUCGUGUGGGGAGGAGGGCUGUCUGCCGAGAUCUGUUGCCAUCGGUAUUCUUUGGCUGAGCUUAGUACCAGGCUUUGCAGGGUUAUAGGGUUGCUUCAGAGGCCUUGACCAGCUCCUUGCAGGUGGCUGAAGAGCUGAUUCCAAAUAGGGGGCUGUGUUUCAAAGUGCCUCUGCCUCAGCAUCUUCCUGCAGGUGGUACGUGUAAACUUCAGACAGGAAUGCACUUUCAGGGCAAGUCUUCCAUGUGCAUUCUGAGUUGGCGUGUCACCCUCACAUACUGGAAAUGGCAUGUUGAAUCAACUCUGAAGGCUUCUCUACGUAUGUAUAGCAAAUUGAGAGCGCUCCCGGAUGGGUGUCGCCAAUAGGCAGAGAAACUGGGAUAGCCUAACGUUGGGUGCUCAGCUCACAACUGCAGCUGUACGCGGGCACAAGCCUAGCUGGUCCCCCCACCCCCGCUGGAUUUUGCUUGGGAAAUGAAGUGGGGCCGCAGGAAGACCCCCUAAGGCUGAUGGUUCCUGCUGGAGGGGCCAGAGGGGUGCCUCGUUUGCCCCUGCAGUGUGGCUGCUUUUUGUGCUGUUGGCAUUCUGCCACUCUGGGUGGGCUCAAGGGGGCAUGGUGUGAGUUCAGCCUUGCCUGGAUGCCAAAGUCCUCAUCUCACUUGAGACUGUGAAUUCACAAAUGCAGGGAUUGUAAAGAGGAGUCAACUCGGGCUGUUUGUGGGGCACCCGCGUUGCUGAACUGGAAAUUGUCAGGUUAAUGCGGAUGCUGUGAAAGGCUCCGCUUUGCUACCUACAAGAGUGUUUGUAAAUGGCUAGAAAUGUUUAAUCUGUGACAAGGCUUUUUAUAACAUUGUUUAUGCCACACGUAUAUGCAAUAUUGAACUUUGGAAUAAGGGAAAAUAAAGCUUAUUUUAAUAACUUU